AUUUUGACAUUUUUAUUGAACCAGCAAGAAAACAAAGUAAAUUAUUUCGGAAACAUUCUGCGCGCUUUCAAUUUUAUAAUUUAUCAAAACUCAAUAACGCGGAUUUAUCGUAUCAGAUAUUAUAUAUAAUGGAUGCUGCAAGGAAAUCCCAUGAAAUACAAUUACAAGUGCGUAACAAUGCGGAGGAGGUAAAAAACACCCUCAACGAUCUGUAUAGUUGGGAGCAGGAUAUGAAGGCCAAAGAAAAAGAACUUUUGCAGCGACCUGCUUUUGUAAAGAAAGAAGUGGAGAAUGUGCCUAUAAGAAGUCAUAUACUAGCAGAGGAACAAUUAACCAAAGCAGGUAGCAAUAUACAAAGAGAGCAGCAGCAGUCCGUUGCUAAGGAAAAUGAAAACUCACCAACCAGUUCCAGUGCUACAACUCCAACGGAGAAAACAGAAGAACCGCUUAAUGCCAACGAGGAAAAACGUAAACGAGCUAAUGAAGUAAAGGAUAGGGGCAAUAAAUGUGUAAAACUAGGUGAAUAUGAAAAAGCCAUAUAUGAAUACACAACUGCCAUUGACAUAUUCCCCGAGGAUCCGGUGUUCUUCAGUAAUCGCGCGCUAUGCUACCUUAAAAUGGAAAGAUAUAAUGAGUGCAUUGAAGACUGCGAACAUGCCAUAGAAAUCGAUAAUUUAGCCGUUAAAGCGUACUAUAGACGCAUGCAGGCCAAUGAAUGUCUAGGGAACGACAUGGAUGCACUUAAAGAUUGCACUACAGUACUUAUGAUAGAACCCAAAAAUAGUGAAGCGAAUAAAAGCUUGGAGCGUAUCAAUGAAAGGCUACGUAAAAAUGUGAAAGCAAAGGGUCCCAAUUUCAGUGUAACACGUGAUAAUAUGAUCGAUAUUUUGGCCAUCGAUAAGCCACCAUAUAAACGCUCAAAUAAGCCUUUACGUCGUAUACCCAUAGCAGAUGUGAUUGGCCCAAAAGAUAUGAAAAGUUGUGAGAACCCGAACUUGAAAAUCUCCGAUGAAGAUAUAGAUAAAUUAUUUAAUAGUAAUUGCGGCCCGUUUGUCGAAGUUAAACAUUCAAAUAAUAUAGCGCAUAGUAAAUCGGCCAACGCUAACAAAACUGUGAGUGAUGUCAAAACCGAAGCGAAUGCGCGUGUUGGAAAUUCAAGAGCCGAAAAUAACCAAAACACCUCAAAAAGUGUAGAAGUCGGUGAAAGUAGUCUAAAGGCUGGUACGGAUGUGCUCUUGUUGAAUGGAAAUCGUCCUUUGCCGCCUCCACCCAAAUCUACAGCACAGUUCUAUUCAAACUGGAAAGAGUUGACGCCUGCGCAGAAGUACGACUACUUAAAGAGUAUCGAAGUGACGCAAAUACGUAAAACACUAGGCGCAGGUUUUGACUCCGACACGCUGACGGAUCUACUUUACACCCUGCGCGACUUCUACACAGUGAAUAAGGAUAAAGCUACCGCAGCCACGCUACUCGAAAUUAGCAAAAAUAAUCGAGUUGCAAUAUUAUCAUUACUCAUGUCGGCAGAAGAGCGUAAAAUUGUCAACGAUAUUGUCGAUACGAUUAAGGAGAGCAAAGAAAAUGAUACUUUGGCUGCGCAGAUAAUAAAAAACUUCAAUUUAGAUUAAAUUGCGUUACUCUAAUUAUAUUAUUGCGUUAGUAUUUAUGAUUUUGUGCAACAAAUUGAAAAAUAGAAUUACAAAUUCUUCCCCCUGCAGUGCAAAUGUAAACAUAACAACAGAUAUAUUGAACUAAAAACUCAGAGCCUAUCAAUAAAAUUGUUGCAAAUCCAAUGAUAUUAAAA